AUGUUGAAGAUUUUAUGUGAACGACAGGACAAUCGCUCCACUGUGACGUUUAGUUCUUCUUCCUUGGAUAUAGAAUCACCUAAAACGAAUACCGAAUAUGAUGAUCCUGUACCUGAAUAUACUCUCGUCUCCGGUCUACCUUCGUAUGAGGCUGCUUUGAAAUUGCUACAAAAAUCGCCGAAAAAUUCGUGUCUAUUAGUACAGCAUCCAAGUGUAUUUCACAUUUUCAAUAGACAUGAGAAAACUCAUAAUGAAAUCACUGAUUCUAUGAUAACUUCAAACGAGGUUAAUAUGCCCUUAUUAACGGAAUCGCAAACAAUCGCAACGAACAAUCAGGCAACAGAUGGAAUCGUCCACGUACAGUCCAGCGAAAAAUCGCUCCAGUCUCAGCCAGUUGUAAUAUUGCAUACAGUAGCCUCCGAUAAAGCUAUUUAUAAGGAUAAAUCUAAAAGUGUGCAGAAGUGCGACAAGUCUUAA